UAAGUUGUCUUUCGAACUCAGACAGCCUGCACCGAACUCCCUCUUUCGCCAGCACUACUAGCAGUGACCUAGCCAUGCCGAAACACUACUGUGACUACUGUGAUGUUUUUCUUACUCACGACUCUGCUUCAGUGCGCAAAGCUCAUAACAGCGGAAGAAAUCACCUGGCAAAUGUCCGAGACUACUAUGCAUCGCUCGGCCAUGACAAAGCACAGAGUAUCAUCGAUCAGAUCACUGCAGCGUACGAGAGCGGAGGCGGCCCUCCUCCAGGAGGGUUUGGGUUUGGCCCUCACCACCUAGGCGCACCCCCACCACUGUUUCCAGGCCCUCCCAUGGGCUUCGGUGGUCCUCCCGGAGCAUUUCCGCCUCGUCCCCCUUUUCCUCCAGGACCCUUCCCGCCCCCGGGUAUGAUGGUACCACCUGGUGCCAUACCACCUUUCCCUCCUAGUGAUGGCAUGCCACCUCCCGCGGCAAUGGGUCCUCCUGGCGGUUUCCCAGGCGGUCCUCCUCCAUUCCCUCCAAAUGGCCCUAACGGUGGCGGACCCGGUGCCAGCAUGCCACCCUUCCCCCCACAUGGUAACUUUGGGCCAUCAGGCGGUAGCCCGCCCCCACCAAACCAAAAUGAUCCCAAUAUUAAUGCGGGACCAGGCGGUAUGCAUCCUGACAGACUGAGAAUGAUGGCUGGCAGGUAAUUGUUGUUCGUCUAUUGGGUGUCAAUUCUGCGGUGGGUUGUAUGUUUCCUAGUAUAUUCCUAGAAGGUUCCCGCUACCGUUAGGGAGUGGGUCUUAUAGUUUGUGAUUCUCUCACCUUUGCGGUAGAUUUCG